AUGAACCCCGAAAGCCCGACCGGCGUCUCACGGCCAUUAUAUCGUGAACUCCAUCUGCGCGAGGUGCUUUGGUGGGGCACGACGUGGGGACAAAAGCCGACCCAAUUGAUCUUUGGGCCUGAGUGCUGUGAUGACCUCAUUUUUGCAAUGGCAGGCGGCACGGGCGCCCUGGGAAAGACAUUCGUAGAAAGAUUUGCUCAGGAGCCAGAUAUCAAGCUUGUGAUUUUGUCGCGAGGCGAACAAAAAGCCUCCCAGGGCAGCAUUCACCAUGUCAAGAUCGACUACGACAACGUCCAGUCCAUGACGACGGAGCUGGAACGUUACAAUGUGCAGACCAUCAUCUCAACAAUCGGUCUCAUAUCCGAGGAGACUAGCCAGUCCCAGCUCAACCUCAUUGAGGCAGCAGAACAUGCAACCACCACAAAGCGCUUCAUCCCGAGCGAGUACUCUUUCAUCCAAACCCCCGACCUCUUGUCCAUUGAUCCAAGUAUCCAAUACUGGCUUCAUGCGGCAGACCGUCUCAAGGCAAGCUCGCUGCAAUACACCCGUGUGAUCCCGGGAUUCUUCAUGGACUACUGGGGCAUGCCUCAUGCGCGAACUCAUCUUCAACCAUUCAAAUUUGGUAUCGAUAUCGCUGGGGCUAAAGCUCUGAUCCCUGGUAGUGGUAACGACACCAUCUGCAUGACAUACACGUACGAUCUCGCAGAGUACAUGAUCCAUCUUCUCAAGCUCGAGGAGUGGCCUGAAUUCAGCAUCUUUGUGGGCGAUGAAACUACGUAUAAUGAAAUGUUGGAGAUUGCAAAGGAAGUUCAAAUGAUCAAAGCUGGGAGAACGUGGUUGAUAGCAUACGACAGCAUUGAGAUGAUUGAUAGCGGCCAUGUUACCGUACCAGACAUGCCCGACUCCACGAUGUCGCAGAAAGAGCUUGAAGAAAUGACGGCCCUAGUCAGUCGCCUGACCGUGAAUGGAGUUUUUGAUCUGCCCAAGGAGAACCGGAUGAGCGAUCGGUUCCCUCAAGUGCGACCCAUGAAAGUGAAGGAAUUUCUCGGGCAGUGCUGGGGGCCAAGAUCGGAGACGAAGUUAUUAUAG